UUCACAGCUAAAAUUCCCACAAGAAGUAAGAAAGGAGAAUUAAUAUUUGAAGAUUAUCCAGAGCUCUGUCCUAAUAUGACACCUAAAGAAGUUUUACAAGCUGGUAGUUUUGGUGGAACCUAUUUCCGUCCUAUUAAAUCAUCUGUAACAGGUAAAGGUUAUACUGGUGUAUGGAAAGAAUUACCUAAAGAUUGGUUGGAAGGAUUGAAUAUAUCUAAACAGAUAUCAUCCACUACCUACCAUGAAGAUGUCAAUAAAUAUGGGGUCAAAUGUGGAGGAAGUUUAGAAAUGUGGGAAACUUCAGGUUGGAUUCAUAAACAAGAUCCAUAUGGCUGGUUUCAAUGGUUUUGUAGGUUUUAUCAGGGAAGACGAACAGCAGAUGAUGAGAGACAAAUUGGACGUUGGUUAAGAUGUGCAGGGAAAACAGGACGAUGGAAAAAUAACCUGAUAUCAAAGUGUGUCAACAGUGGAUGUGGUUAUGAUAAUUUUGGUGUAUCACCUGUUGUAAGACAGACAUUACAACACUGGGGUUAUACUCUUACUAAAGAGGACUUUGAGGCCAAUGCUAAAAGAUUGAAAAAGAAAUCUUGA